AUGUCUCCGUCCGAGCCUUUUCCUAUUCUCAACACCUCGGCCGAUCAAUUGCACUCUGCAGCCGACGGAGGCGCGCGUCGACGUAGGAAGUCAAGCGGGCUAGGUGCUGACAUUAGGGUGGGAGAUACUGGCGCACCCAGUCUUCAAACGAGUCUUGAUCAUCUACAACUCAAUUCCAACUCAAGCUCGACUUCAGUAAACGGCCAAUUACAAAAGUCACCCUUGGACAAUAAAGAUAUUUCUAAAAAGGGUUCCAAACGUCGAAAAGCGCGGUCUUUCCUGCGUCGCUGCAAGCACUUCGCCAUCAAGCAUACUUGGGUCUUGCCCCUUGUUAUUCUGACAAUCUUUUUGUCGCUGUUGGCUAUCAAUCCGACCGAAUCGAAUCCUAUUUACCACUUCAUCUUCCUCUCCUACAAGCUCCCUCGCGAGCCUGGUGCCGACCCCGACACACCCGUGCAAUAUGGAAAGGGACUAUGGGAUAUUGCUUUUGUAGUUUUCUAUACCGUUGUGCUCUCGUUCACGCGCGAGUUCAUCAUGCAAGAGCUCCUCCGACCCCUUGCUAAAUAUGCUGGCUUAAAAUCGCGUGGCAAGCAAGCCCGGUUCAUGGAGCAAAUGUACACUGCCAUCUAUUUCGGUUUCUUGGGACCGGCUGGUAUGUACGUGAUGAGCAAGACUCCGAUUUGGUACUUCAACACCCGUGGCAUGUACGAGGGCUUCCCGCACAAGACACACGAGGCCGGUUUUAAGUUCUACUACCUAUUUCAGGCGGCCUACUGGGCCCAACAGGCCAUCGUUCUCCUGCUCGGUAUGGAGAAGCCCCGGAAGGAUUACAAGGAGCUCGUCGGACAUCACAUCGUUAGCUUGACACUUAUCGCCCUCAGCUACCGUUUCCAUUUCACGUACCUCGGUAUCGCUGUUUACAUCACGCACGACAUCAGCGACUUCUUCCUUGCAACAUCAAAGAGUCUCAACUACAUCGAUCAUCCUCUCGUGGGACCCUACUUCUUCGUCUUUAUGUGUUCCUGGGCCUAUCUACGUCACUAUCUGAACCUUCGCAUUCUGUACUCGCUUUUCACUGAGUUCAAGACUAUCGGACCCUAUGAGCUAAACUGGGAAACUGGGCAAUACAAGUGCGAGUUGGCUUUCUGGAUCACUCUCACCCUCUUGUCGUCGCUGCAAGCUCUCAACCUGUUCUGGUUUUUCUUCAUCUUGAGGAUUGGCUAUCGAUUUGUUGUCUACAACCAGGCGGACGAUGACCGAUCUGAGGCCGAGGAGUCUGAGAUUGAGGAGCUAGAGCGCAAGAAGGCAGAGAAGCCGAACUCGAUCGAAAGCAAGGGUACUGAAGCAACGCCGUUGCUUAACGGCGACGCCAACACGAAUGGAAACGCGAACGGUGUUCUCAAGGCCCGCCCAAACGGAGCGGCGUCAUCGCAGUCGAAAAAGAAGUCAACGCGAUAG